AUGAGGCUUUUACGGCUGGGUUUUGUUAUUGCUCUGGCCUCUGGACUCGCAGCAAUACUUAUUUACAUCACCGGUGUCUCCAAUCCGGAUUGGUCGUUUCAUAUUUCAAAUGAAGAUCUGGAAGCACUGAGAUCCUUGCAGAGUCAUUUCCAGCAGUGCGUGAGUGCAAAUGGACUAGGUUUACAAGCUGUAAGCGGCAGGGACUACUGUGAGAUUACUAUGAAGUUUCCCAUGGAAACAGUCCCAAAGUGGAGAGAUCCUAAAACAGGAGAACUCGAAGGAUUGUCUUUUGAUUUCAAUCUAUGUGAAGCAGUAGCUACAUGGGAACAGGUGCGGAAUACUACGACGAUAUUGACGCGGGAGUACAUCGAUGCUUUACCAAAUGGAUGGGAGGAAUAUGCAUGGCGGAGGAUCAAUAAGGGAGUACUUCUGAACCGUUGUGAAAAUAGAACUCUCUGCAUGGAGAAACUUUCUCUGGUUCUCCCACAAAGACCACCAUACAUACCGAGGCAGUUUGGCCGAUGUGCUGUUAUUGGUAACUCAGGAGAUCUUCUGAAGACCAAAUUUGGCAACGAAAUAGAUAGGUAUGAUGCAGUUGUCAGGGAGAAUGGAGCGCCUAUAGAGAACUUUACAGAAUAUGUGGGUACAAAAAGUACGUUCCGCCUUCUGAACAGGGGCUCUGCUAAAGCUCUUGAUAAAGUUGCCGAGUUGUAUGAUAAGGGGAAGGAGGUCUUGAUCGUCAAAACUACAAUACAUGAUAUCAUGAGCAAAAUGAUCAGGGAAGUUCCAAUUCUCAAUCCAGUAUAUCUCAUACUGGGUUCAUCCUUUGGUUCAGCUGCAAAAGGAACUGGGCUGAAGGCUCUUGAAUUUGCUCUCUCCAUGUGUGACACUGUUGAUAUGUAUGGUUUCACUGUCGAUCCCGGUUAUAAAGAAUGGACUCGUUAUUUCUCGGAGUCUAGACAAGGUCAUACCCCUCUACAUGGUAGGGCUUACUAUCAAAUGAUGGAAUGCCUUGGACUUAUCAAAAUCCAUUCUCCAAUGCGAGCGGAUCCAAAUCGUGUUGUGAAGUGGGUACCAAGCCACAGCUUAAUUACUGCUGCCCGAAUUGCAUCGGAAAAAGUGUUAAGGAGGAUUGGAGCUGGAUCUGCAGAUCCACUAGCUGCAUGCUCUAUCAUCGAGAAGCGACAGAAAGGAAAGAUCACUUCAAUGUCAGGCUUUAAGAAAGCUGCUAUCGAGCAUCAAAAGUACGUAAAAGGUACCACAAUGUAUCCUUUGGAACACAAUCCAGGACACGGCCUACUCUGCAUGGUGCCAUGA